GCAGAGGUGCAGGUCAUGUGUUGAGGCUCAAGCAUCGUUGCUCGGCCGCGCUAUCGAUCAAGGCGCAAGCGCCCGGGCAUCUAUCGGUUCCUGCCUGCCUCGUCAGGUAUUCCCCGAUGAGAGUCGUCGUCUCCCACUUCUACGUCGCUCCUUCCGUCUCAAAGUGCUCCUGCCAGCGUGUAAUUCGGUUGCGCAUUGCGUUCCCAUCGUGCCCUUAUCUUUUGGGUUGCGCAAAUGCCGUCGUCGCCGUAAACGCUCCAACAGUCGCGGCGUUACCUACGGUCCCCAGCGGUCAUCCCGGUUCAACCGACUGUCGUCACUCCUUUGUCUUCCGCCCCGACGAACCUUCUCCUGUCGCCUCACGUUUUUAUAUACCCUGGGCCGUGUAAUGUCCUUUGGCCGGUAGCCAAAUAUCACACCAGAACCUUGGUGCAAAAUGGCCGAGUUCGCAUUUAUCCACCCUUCCUGGGUGCAACACGGCAACGGCACCAUGACCCCCUCCCGUCUACGCUCCUUGACCCCGCUGCCCAUGAAGAAGGAAAUCAGCCGCUCAAUAUCUGUACCACAGCUGCAAAGAGCUGCCCAGACACAGUCGGAGAGCGAUGGCAUGAACACCAUUCCUGACCCCCGGUCCGCGACGCCUCAGCCAACCAUUUCGCGACGCGACUCCACAGACUCGCAUCCGGAUCUCAGCCAAGAAGUGGCCACGCUGAGUACCAAGCUCAUCAAUGCCAUCAACCACCAGACAAUGCUCGACGACUCGUUGCAGCAGACCAGACACGAGCUGGACGCGGCUAGGGAGAAGCUGGCGAUGCUGGAGGCACAGGUCAAGCAGCACGAGAACAAGGUUGCAAAGGGCCUGCUGGUGGAGAGUGUUGUCUACAAUAAGAUGGAGAAACAGCUCUCGAGUGAACUGCACGAGGAACGCAGACGCAGAACAGAGGCAGAAAAGGCAAAGCGGAAGACGGAUAGCGAGGUCGAAGCUCUGACUGCUGCCCUCUUCGAGGAAGCCAAUGUGAUGGUAGCUAGCGCGCGCAAAGAGACAGAAGCCUCCGACAAGCGUACUGAGCAGCUCAGGCAGCAACUUGGCGAUGCGGGAGUGCUACAACAUUCCCUCCAGGAGCAACUCCAGGAUCUGAAGGGCGUCGUAGAGAAGAUGAGUUCCAACAGCGACGACAACGAAAGCAACACGUUUGGCACCACCACCGCACCUUCCACCCCAGGAGCAACAGCCGCAGACAAGAUGAGCAAGCUAUUCGAGGCCAUCAAUCUUACACCCAACACCCCUGGAACCGACGAAAUCAGCCCCGAUCACCCUCUGCAUUUUUCACACCUUAUCCACCCUGUACUCCGAUCUGAUCUUACGGCUUUCAAGGAGUUCCAAGACAUGCUGAAGACUAGUGACCGCUCGUCCGCCCCGACAAGUCGCGCAUCUAGUGGCAACUACGGCAGUCUCAGUGUGCUUGGUCUUGGGUCGCUAGCAAACGUUUCGACCAGCUCUCUUCCGUCCUCGAUCAAGUCUCAAGCUGGCAACAAUUCUCCACGUGAAUCAGUAGGCGGGGCUGGGAUGCCCAACCUCAAAGACGACAAGUUCUACAAGCGUGCUCUGAUAGAGGACAUUGAGCCAACGCUUCGUCUGGAUAUCGCGCCUGGUCUUUCCUGGAUGGCUCGUCGUACUGUUCUCAGCAGCAUCACAGCUGGGUCAUUGGUCGUAGAGCCCAAUCCAGCACAAUCGUCGAAGUGGCGCACACCUGUCUUCCCUUGUUCUCUCUGCGGAGAAACCAGACAAGGUGAUGAAUAUGCGAGGAAAUUCCGAUUCAAGCCCGCCGACACGGAGGAAUCACAACGAUACCCGCUCUGUGACUGGUGUUUAGGCAGAGUCAGGGCGACGUGCGAUUACAUUGGGUUUCUGAGGAUGGUUGCCGCAGGGCAUUGGAGGGCAGAAACGGACGAAGAGCAGAAGACUGCAUGGGAAGAGAGUGUGCGACUUCGUGAACGCAUGUUCUGGACUCGAGUCGGUGGGGGCGUCGUCCCAGCUUUCGUCCCGCUGAGAGACAGUCCUCGGAGUCCGAUAUUCGCGGCCAAAGAGGGUGCGAGAACCAGCGAGGAAAGCCAAAUAUCCAACACAUCCGGGUCGCAAAUUGCUGCGGACGGCACAGUCGCGACACGGAGCAGCGACGACGAUCCAUUCCAGACCAAGGACGGUGAUCUGCCAAAACGCAUCUCCAUCGGCAACACCAUCAUCUCUGCAGACGUAAAAGAGUUUCUGACGCGCGACGAAGAGAAGAAGAUUGAAGAACAAGCCGAAGCCCAACUCCAGAGCGAAGUCCAGAAGUCGCUACUGGCGGCGCCAGUGCCCGCGCAGGACAGACCGCAAGCACAGCGUCAGAGGAGUGCCUCGAACCCGCCGCUGCUGCAGUCGAGGAAGAAGGACGACCGACUGAGUCUAACGAUUCCAGGCGCUUUUGAAUGAAACGCAUGAAUGGGUCAACUUGGAACGCUGGAACUUGGAACCGACUUACUCUACCCCACGCGCUUCGACCUUGUGCAAAAUCUAUUCUUCAUACAUGCUUACGCCUUGAGGACGGGAACUGCUAUCACGACGUCUUGUAUUUUUUUUUACCCUUACACACAUUUAUCUCUAUACUCUUCCCAUUGGAGGGGUGGGGAAAGAGACGGGCUUUCUUCUUUUUAC